GCUGUUUUUGGCGUUCGAGUAUGAGAUGAGAAGCGAGAAAAGAGGCUUGAAAGAGACCCAGCAGGGAACAGACUGAAGCAGUGAGCAAAUCUACUUUUAAACCAACAAAAAGGAUGUUGAUGUUGAUCCUGCUUUUGUGGCUAAGCUUGUCCACAACAAGCGCAGCCCCUAACUUAAAGAAAUCACCCACGGAGGCGCCAAUACUUAUAACUGCACCGCCGACUGAAGCUAGAUCCCGCUUCGCCAUGCUAGAUGAUGUUCGGCUGCUGGCCAACGGUCUGCUUCAGCUCGGCCAGAGUCUCAGAGAGUUUGUGCACAAGACCAAGUCUCAGAUCAACGACAUCUUCCAGAAGCUCAACAUCUUUGAUCGUUCCUUCUACCAGCUCUCGGUGGUCACCAGCGAAAUUAAGGAAGAGGAGGAAAAGUUGAAGGAGACCACUAUAUUUUUGAAGGCCAAUAAUGAGGAGAUCAGAAACCUGUCAUUGGAGAUCAACUCGAAAAUUAACAACAUUCUCCAGGAGCGGAGCCAGCUGCACACUAAGGUCGGUGGGCUGGAGGAGAAGCUUAAGGGCUUGUCGCAGAGUAUGAUGCCUUUGGAGCAACUUCAAGAGAUCACUGCUUUGAAGGAUGUGAUUGAAACACAAGAAAGGACCAUAACAGACUUGCUUAGAUCUGUUAAAGAGCAACAUGACCAGCUAAACUAUCAGAAGAUCAAAAUUAAAAGUCUUGAAGAUAAGGUCAACUAUGACACUUUUCAAGACACCAUUGAAAAACCUAUGGAUUUAAACCCAGAAACCCCUGACCCUUUUCGGUACUUAACAACAAACUCAACAAAUGGAACUACGGAUAUAAAUGAUUUUCCAACAGACUGCAGUGAGGUGUUCACAAGAGGCCAGAAAACCAGUGGAAUUUACCCAAUCAAACCCAAUCAAUCUGAGCCUUUCUAUGUUUACUGUGAGAUAACCCCUGACGGUGCUGCCACAGUCAUCCAGAGGAGGGAGGAUGGUUCAGUUGAUUUUGACCAGUCAUGGGAAAAAUAUGAACAUGGAUUUGGGAAAUUAGAAAAAGAGUUCUGGCUUGGCUUGGCUAAGAUCCAUUCCAUUGCUCAACAAGGAGAAUACAUUUUACACAUUGAACUGGAGGACUGGAAGGAGGAAAAGAGAUUCAUCGAGUACACCUUCACUUUGGAAGGCCCUGCAUCUGACUAUGCCCUUCACUUGGCACCUUUGUCUGGAGAUCUAUCCGACGCCAUGAGCAACCACACGGGCAUGAAGUUCUCAACCAAGGACAGGGACAACGAUAAUCAUGACGAGUCCAACUGUGCCCGCAACUACACAGGUGGUUGGUGGUUUGAUGCAUGUGGGGACACCAACUUAAACGGAAGAUAUGCCUGGAUGAGAUCGAAGGCUCGCCACCAGCGCAGGAAAGGAAUCCACUGGAGGCCAUCCAAAGGAAGCUCAUAUACCCUCAAAUCCACAAAGAUCACCAUCAGACCAUCAACCCAAUUUCAAUAAUCCCUGACCCUAGACUCUCCAUUGGGAAAUUCAAAAUCAAUCAGUGAGGUCACACUGGCAGCAGACACCCGGCCAACAAAACUUUUCCCUUUCUUUAAAGACAGCCGAAACUGAAUGAUGCAAUGGAACUGCAACAGGUCAUUGACUCUGGAAGAGGUUAAAAACCAAGUCAAAGGGUUAUUGCAACAUGCAUGCGUUAGUUAGUCGGAUUAGAAAUUAGUAGCUUGUUGACCAAGAAGUUCUAAGACUGAACAGAUUCAAAUGACAAAAUGACAAGAUGGAACAGAAUCUGGUGCAUGUUAUUAUAGCAAUAUGUAAAUCUGCAGUUGUAGACCACAUGCAUAUUAUGAUAGAGCUACACUAUAGUCAACUAUACAGCUUCUAAAUGUCAGUUCACAUUGCAUGUUAAAGACUGUAUUUAACCAAAUUAUGCAAAUGUGCAACAGUAGAAAAGCAAACGAUAACACUUUGUAAUAACUUUCAUUACAUCAUGACGGUCAUGCUUUAACACACUUUAUAUAUUUUUGCAUAUAAAAAAAGGUAUAUCUGCAUUUUUCGGUCACACUUUAUUUUGAUGGUCCGUUUAUUGAAUUUAAGUUACAUUGCAUCUACAUGACAACUAAUUCUAAUAAGAUUAGAAGUAGACAUUUACAUUUAGUCAUUUAGCAGACGCUUUUAUCCAAAGCGACUUACAAAUGAGGACAAGGAAGCAAUUUUAGGUUGGGGUUAGGGUUGGGGCUAAGGUUAGUGUAAGUUGACAUGUACUUGCAAGUCAGUUAAAUGUCUGUUGAAGGAGCAGUAUUAACAGAUAUUAAGCAGUCUACUAAUACUCAAAUGCACCAUCAAAAUAAAGUGUUUACCAUUUUUCAUUUUGUAUUGAAAGUUAAUAUUAUUAUUGAAAAUUAUUACAAAGUGUUACCAAAAAAUGUGGUGUUAUAGUUGAAGUUGGGUCUUCUUCAUGUCUCUUUCUGUUACUGAGUCAUAUUGACUCCUGGUUAUGCUUUGUACAUACUCAGCUGUACUGUAUAUAUUUAGUUUACAGAUUGUUUCUCAGUGGUGUGCGGGUGCAACAUAUUUAUAGUGACAAUAAGGCAUAAAAUAAAAAAUAAAUGCUUUAAAUCAGCCAAUAAUAGCACUUGGUGAGACUUGAAAUAUCUUAUAGGACUGGUUAUUACAGUAAACUCAAUGGUAUAAUUAAAACAAACUCUCAACACAGAAUAGAGCAUACACACAACUUUACACAGGAGCUCAGAUUAUUCAAAUAAACCAGAUACUUUAACAGUUUAGCUCAAGGGGAGGGGAAGAAGAGAACAAAUUGUUAACAGAAAAUAAAUAAAUAAUCCAGCAGGAGGACAGGAAAUUGGAGGAGUUGGAAAUCAACUUAUCAUAAUUAACAUGUUAUAUGGUCUGUUUAUAUGACAAGUGUGAUAAAUCAGAGCGUGAAUAUUGCCGGCAGUAAACCAUAUCCCAAUCUACCCAGUCAUCAGCACAAAUCAAGGCUGGCUAUGUAGAGUCCAGAGGAAGAUAACAAAGUUGGCACAGGGUGAGAGAGGACAAACGUGUCCUCUGUAUGGCAGGUUAUGUCAACGUACACUGAAGAUAAGCAUCUUUGUCUGGCCGACCGCGACUAUAUUAGUAAACCUAAAAUAGCUUGAACUAUACAGCGAAGCAGACUGCUCAAAUUGAUACAAUGCUAAAGCUAUUUGUCAAUGAGAAAAAACAAAGAUAAGACUUUUUAUUAAAGAAAAAAAAAGUAUGUUUGGCCAAUUUAUUUGAUGAUACGAGUGUGUAAAAUGCUUCAAUGUGUUGCACGUGUCAAUUUUCAAUUUUAAUCACACAAGGAAACAUGUUUAUUGGGGAAUGCAGAACAGCUGCUAAAUUAAAUAGAAGGGUGAACCGAUGAAAUAAUUACACUGUAGUCAACGCACACUUUUUGUUGAGCUUUUUGUUUUUCUAUGCAUUUUUCCAAGUAAAAAAUAAAUAAAUAAAAACCUGUA